CUCUCUGCUUCUCUCUAACCUCUGCAAAUUCCAAUCCGCGAGUCACUGCAUCUGCACUGAACCAACGCCAGUACCCCUUUUACAAGCAAACUCCAAAAUCCCAUUAUUUUUGUCAUCCUUUUCAAUUCCAACACUUCUUAUAGAUAUAGCAUUCGAUAAAACCUCUCUUGAUGCCCCAUUCAUUUUAGAAUCAUAAAAUGGAGGCAGUGGCCGAAAACCCCAAUAGGACAAAGCCACUGAAGAACCCUAACAAACAACAACCAACCCAAAUUCCCAAACCGCACCAACCGAACCAAUUCCCCUCCCACUUGGACACCGCGAACGUGUCCUCCACAGCACGAACCCUGUGCGACAUCCUAACCCGAACCUCUCCUCAGGACAUCGAAGCCGCACUCUCCUCCUCGGGUAUCCACCCUUCGGAUGAGUGCGUCCAUGAGGUCCUGAGGCUCUCUUACAAUUACCCAUCUUCGGCCCUCAAGUUCUUUCGCUGGGUCGGGCGCGUCAAAAAACAGCACACGCCCCACGCGUGGAACUUGAUGGUCGAUUUGCUGGGUAAAAACCAGCUUUUCGAGCCCAUGUGGGACGCCGUUAGGUCCAUGAAACAGGAAGCCACGCUUUCUCUCUCCACUUUCGCUUCCAUUUUCCAGAGUUACUGCACCGCCGGAAGGUUUAACGAGGCCGUUAUGAGCUUCGACGUCAUGGACAGGUACGGCGUUAAGCAGGACGUGGUCGCCGUUAACUCACUCCUCAGCGCAAUUUGCAGCGAGGAGAAUCAAACCUCCGUUGGUCUCGAAUUCUUCGAAAGGAUCAAAGCGAAGGUUGCACCCGACGGUGACACCUUCGCGAUUUUGCUCGAAGGAUGGGAGAAGGAAGGGAAUGCGGCGAAGGCGAAGACCACGUUUGGGGAAAUGGUAAUUCGUGUUGGUUGGAGCAAGGAGAAUGUGCCUGCUUAUGAUGCUUUCUUGAUGACUCUCGUACGCGCCGCCCAGAUGGAUGAGGUUGUUAGGUUCCUUCAGGUUAUGAAGGACCAUGACUGCAUUCCAGGUUUGAAAUUCUUUACCAAUGCUCUUGAUAUUUUUGUGAAGCAAAACGACGCCGUUCACGCCAUUCCCGUGUGGGAAGCGGUGGUGGGGGGUGGAUUAGUGCCUAAUUUCAUAAUGUGCAAUGCCAUGAUUGGGUUGCUUUGCAACAAUGGCGAGAUUGAUCGCGCGUUCAGGCUGCUUGAUGAGAUGGUUUUGCUUGGUGCGUUUCCUGACUCGUUGACUUACAACAUGGUUUUUGAGUGCUUGGUGAAGAACAAAAAGGUCCGUGAGACCGAAAGGUUCUUCACCGAGAUGGUCAAGAACGAGUGGCCGCCCACUGGCGCUAACUGUGCUGCGGCCAUUGCAAUGUUGUUUGAUUGUGAUGACCCUGAAACUGCCCUUGAGAUUUGGAGUUGUGCGGUAGAAAAUCAUGUCAAGCCACUUGAUGGGAGUGCGAAUGCGUUGCUCAUUGGGCUUUGUAACUUGAGCCGAUUCACAGAGGUGAAAAGGUUUGCUGAGGAUAUGCUCGAUAGGAGGAUUAAAAUAUAUGAAUCUACAAUGAUCACAUUGAAGGAUGCCUUCUAUAAAGAAGGUAGAAGUGCAAGUGACAGAUAUGAUAGUCUUUGUAGAAGGUGGAAAGAUCAUGUCAAGUUGUAAUAUGAAAAUAUUUGCUUUUCUUUAUGUGUUAAAUUUUUUGUGUACUCAACCUUAGUUGUCAAAGACAGGCAGGUUUCAAAUAGUUUUCCACAAGUAUCAUCAAUUUCCCUUUGUCCUAGCCUUUCCUUUUGGUAGUCUUUUAUCCCAGUAGUUUGUUUCUUGUCUGAUUCUUUUUCUUCUCCUUGUAUUAUAUGUUUAUAUUAUCAUUUUCUAGACUAGUCUCACUGCAACUCGAUAUGAACUUUGUAGUAUAUUUGCACAUGGGUUUUUUGAGUUAUGCAUUCACGACAGAAUGGUCAUAAUAUAAAACAAUUAGUAUGACUGCAAUGUUUUUUUGUAAAUAUUUGCAUUUGAUUGAGUUCAUGAUUGUGAUCCUGGCAACAUCUCUGCAA